CUCGAUUUCUUCCAACUUCAUUCUUCUCUUUUCCCCCCUCCAGAUACCACUUCAAUUCUCUUCACAAUGGGUUUCACCGACUUUGUCUCUGAUGCCGGCCUGACUCUGGCCAACCACUUCCUGUCCACUCGGUCCUACGUUGUUGGCUCCUCGCCCAGCCAGGCCGAUGUCGUGACCUUCAAGGCCUUCAACGGCGCCCCUGACGCUGAGAAGUACCCCCACGUCGCCCGCUGGUACAAGCACAUCGCCUCUUACGAGAGCGAAUUCUCCACCCUCCCCGGUGACUCCUCCAAGGCCUUCACCGCCUACGGCCCCGAGACCACUGAGCUUCCCUCCAACCCCAAGGACAAGCCCGAGGAGGAUGAUGAUGAGGACCUCUUCGGCUCCGACUCUGAGGAGGAGGACCCCGAGGUUGUUGCUGAGCGCAACAAGCGUCUCGACGAGUACAAGGCCAAGAAGGCCAACAAGCCCAAGCCCGCUGCCAAGUCCCUUGUCACCAUGGAGGUUAAGCCCUGGGAUGACGAGACCAACCUUGAGGAGCUCGAGGCUAACGUCCGCUCCAUUGAGAAGGACGGCCUCGUCUGGGGUGCCUCCAAGUGGGUUCCCCUCGCUUUCGGUAUUAAGAAGCUCCAGAUCAACCUGGUUGUUGAGGACGAGAAGGUCUCCACCGAUGAGCUCCAGGGCCAGAUUGAGGAGUUCGAGGACCACGUUCAGUCCACCGAUAUCGCUGCCAUGCAGAAGCUGUAAAUUUGCGAUGUUCAUUUACGAAGCAGGAAUGUGAUGGAAAUGUGUGAUGUCAAGGAAGUCUUUUACGAAACCAACUAGAAAGCUGGUCCGGACAUGACCGGUCAUUGAUGAAAAAAUCAAAAAUUCACGACCAA